UCCAUGAUUGUUGUUGGUUUGGACAAAGGGUCUAAGGGAAGGGAGAUUGAUUUCUCAGAUCAGGUUUCAUCAUUGGUCAAAGAAGAAACCUUUAUGCUUUUAUAUAGUUUGAUGCUAAAAGUUCAGGUUGGAGUGUUUCGUCAACAGCUCGAACUUGCAAAGGAGUUGAAUAGACUUGCAUCAAUCCACUGUGUCUGUGCAUUCGGUGAUCUACUUGAGAUAACAAAAUCUGUGGGGUCUUUUCCUGCUGGACUCAUCCUUCACUCGUACUUGGGCUCUGCUGAGAUGGUUCCUGAGUUUGCAAAGCUCGGUGCUUAUUUCUCUUUCUCUGGUUUUCUUAUGUCCAUGAGUGAGAAGAAAGCCAAGAAGAUGUUGAGAGCAAGACUGAUUCACCCGAAGAAGGAGAUCAUUCUCUGCCCGAAGAAGGAAACUCAUCUCAGGAUCUUGAGCCUAAUGCUUCCAGUGGUGGCUCCAUGA